GCGAGCCCUACUGGAACCUCUGGGGUGCAGGUGUUAAGGAGAAUGUAACAUCAGAAGAGUAAGGAACGCGUUUGUCUGACUCAAGUAUUCCUCCGUCAGUCUCCGUCUCUCCUCUGCGACUCUCCACUCAUGGUGCUCAUCGCAAAGAUAAAGAGGUAAGCCUCAAAUCUGUGACUGCCAAAGCCACCAUCUGGUCUAUUUCCCCCUCCGUACACCAUCCGCAGGACUCAUGAAAGACAGAAGGAAAAGGAUCAUUGAAAGGCUCUCUCUGCGCCAGGUCCUCCCUCAUCUCCUCUUUUCCAGUCUUAUGUCUUUGGGCUCCAGCUCAGGGUCACCAGGGGCCAAAUAUGACUACGGGCCACAUCCCAAAUUGGUCUGUACCCCUGUCCCGGCUGAUGCGGACCCCAACUGCUUCAUGCCGGGGUGGGGUGCCAAAGGGGCUGGACACGGGGCCAGCGAUCAUGGACACCACGGGCCCGGAGGCGUGGGCCCAAACAGUAACGCCUGGUGGGGGAUGACUGACGAGGCCAAGACCACCAUCUUGCACCUGCGCGAAACCCUGGUCCAGCAGAAGGAGACCAUCCUGGACCAGCGGGAGACCAUCCGGGAGCUGACUGCCAAGCUCACCCUCUGCGAAGGGUUCGGGAGGAACGCGGGGGGGCAUGAUGACCACCACAGCCCGCACCUCCCUCACCACCCCGCCCCCCACCAUCCCUACCCCCCCGACAACGGCCGCCACUUGGACCCUCACUACCCCCUGGUGGGCCACCGCUCAGACCCCCACCACCGGGGCAAGACGACCACGGGAACGGGGGACAGCCACGGUGGGCCAAACUCCCCCGAACGCUUGGGCAGAAUGCUCCAGACCCUGAAGGAGCGGCUGGAGAACCUGCAGUCCAAGAAUACCUCCAGUUCCUACUCCAAUUCCCUGAGGGAUCUUCUGCGUAGAAAAAUAAAUGCUCUGGAGCAGCAGCUGCACCAUCACCCUGCUUUACAUGGCAACGGGGACCACCAUGACAACGACAAUCACCACGGUCAUCACCACGAUUACGGUCACCAUGACGACCACCAUGACGACCACCACGAUGACCACGAUGACCACCACGACGACCACCAUGACGACCACGACCACCACGAUCACCACGACCACCAUUACGACCACCACUACGAUGACCGUCACCAUGAAGACCACCAUGAUGACCACCAUGAUGACAGUCACCAUGACAAUGACACAGAUGGGCAGGGCCAUGGCCCUCGCAAAUCCUACCAGAAAAAGGGACCUAGAACUGCUUCCCGUGGGCUGAGCAAGCUGGAUUCUAUGCUUUCUCACCUACAUCACAGGAGCUCAGACUCUGGUUCCCGCACAAAGCCAAAGAAUCCGAAUGCCUUCCAGAUAGGCUUCCCUAUGCGUACUAAUUACAUGUACGGACGCAUCAAGCGAACUCUCCUCAACGAAAUCUUCGCCUUCACACUCUGCUUGUGGCUGAAAGGGGGUGCGGGGCCAGGACUGGGAACUCCUUUCUCCUACGCGGUCCCGGGACAGGCUAACGAACUGGUUUUGAUAGAGUGGGGGAACAACCCUAUGGAGCUACUGGUCAAUGACAAGGCGGUGACGCUGCCCCUGUCCAUAACCGACGGAAAGUGGCACCACCUGUGCGUGACGUGGUCAACACGGGACGGCCUGUGGGAGGCCUACCAGGACGGGGUGCGGAGGGGGUCCGGGGAGAACCUCUCCACCUGGCACCACAUCAAACCGGGCGGGAUCUUCAUUCUGGGACAGGAGCAGGACACGCUAGGCGGUCGUUUCGAUGCGACACAGUCCUUCGUUGGGGAGAUCUCCGACCUCCAGCUGUGGUCCCACGUACUCACCUCUCAGGAGAUCUACAGCCUGGCCACAUGUGGAAACCACAUGACCGGUGAUGUCAUCACCUGGACCGACUCUGUGGUGGAGCUGCACGGUGGGAUCGCCAAAUACCCCUUUGACCCAUGUCACUGAGGAAAAUACC